GGUGCUGGCGGCGGCGGGCGCCGUAGAGCUGAAGCCCGAGAGGAGCCGCCAUGGAGACGCCGCCGCGGCCUCCCGCAUGCACAAAUCAGGGUCAUCAGAAGCCUCUCGAUUCAAAAGAUGAUAAUACUGAAAAACACUGCCCGGUGACAGUGAAUCCUUGGCAUAUGAAGAAAGCUUUUAAAGUCAUGAAUGAACUAAGAAGUCAGAAUUUGCUGUGUGAUGUCACAAUUGUGGCCGAAGACAUGGAAAUUUCUGCUCAUAGAGUGGUGCUGGCUGCCUGUAGUCCUUACUUUCACGCCAUGUUUACAGGUGAGAUGAGUGAGAGCCGAGCAAAGAGAGUUCGCAUCAAGGAGGUGGACGGCUGGACCCUGAGGAUGCUGAUUGACUAUGUUUACACGGCAGAGAUUCAGGUGACAGAAGAGAAUGUACAGGUACUUCUCCCAGCAGCUGGUCUGUUACAGUUACAGGAUGUGAAGAAGACUUGCUGUGAAUUUUUGGAAUCUCAGCUUCACCCUGUCAACUGCUUAGGAAUCCGGGCUUUCGCUGAUAUGCACGCAUGCACAGACCUCCUAAACAAGGCCAACACCUAUGCAGAACAACAUUUUGCAGAUGUCGUCCUCAGUGAAGAAUUUCUCAACCUUGGCAUUGAACAAGUGUGCAGCCUAAUCUCAAGUGACAAACUUACCAUUUCUUCAGAAGAGAAGGUAUUUGAAGCAGUAAUAGCUUGGGUGAAUCAUGACAAGGAUGUGAGGCAAGAAUUUAUGGCUCGGCUGAUGGAACAUGUACGGUUACCUUUGCUUCCUCGGGAGUACUUAGUUCAGAGGGUUGAGGAAGAAGCACUGGUGAAGAACAGCAGUGCUUGCAAAGAUUACCUCAUUGAAGCUAUGAAGUACCAUCUGCUACCAACAGAGCAGCGUAUAUUAAUGAAGAGUGUCCGGACCCGACUGAGGACACCCAUGAACCUUCCCAAAUUAAUGGUGGUGGUUGGGGGCCAAGCACCAAAGGCUAUUCGAAGUGUGGAAUGCUAUGACUUCAAAGAAGAGCGAUGGCACCAAGUAGCAGAAUUGCCUUCUAGGAGAUGUAGAGCAGGGAUGGUUUACAUGGCUGGACUCGUUUUUGCUGUUGGUGGCUUUAAUGGUUCCUUGAGGGUCCGCACUGUGGAUUCUUAUGACCCUGUGAAAGAUCAGUGGACCAGCGUUGCUAACAUGCGAGACCGGAGAAGCACUCUGGGGGCUGCUGUGUUGAAUGGACUGUUAUAUGCGGUGGGAGGCUUUGACGGGAGUACAGGGCUGUCCUCUGUGGAAGCAUACAACAUCAAGUCUAAUGAGUGGUUCCACGUGGCUCCCAUGAACACGAGGAGGAGCAGUGUGGGUGUCGGUGUUGUUGGAGGUCUGCUGUAUGCCGUUGGGGGUUAUGAUGGAGCUUCACGUCAGUGUCUCAGCACAGUAGAAUGCUACAGUGCCACAGCAAAUGAGUGGACCUAUAUAGCGGAAAUGAGCACUAGGCGGAGUGGAGCAGGUGUUGGUGUGUUAAACAACUUAUUGUAUGCUGUAGGGGGUCAUGAUGGCCCUUUAGUACGGAAAAGUGUUGAAGUGUAUGAUCCUGCCACCAACACAUGGAGACAGGUAGCAGAUAUGAACAUGUGCAGAAGAAAUGCAGGAGUUUGUGCAGUUAAUGGUCUGUUAUACGUAGUUGGAGGGGAUGAUGGUUCCUGUAACUUGGCAUCAGUAGAAUAUUAUAACCCAACAACUGAUAAAUGGACAGUUGUAUCAUCUUGUAUGAGCACAGGGAGAAGUUAUGCAGGGGUCACAGUUAUUGAUAAACCAUUAUGAGCCUAAAGGACAUUUUCGGCACAUUUACACAUGAGAAGCAGACUUCAACAAGUACUUCUGAAGUGACUGAGAGUCUAGCACUUCUCCACUUGUAGCUGCACGUUAAGUCUCUGCAGAGGAUAAGAUCAUCUGCCUCUCUAGGCCUCAGAUACUGAAGAUUAUUUUUGGUAGAUGCACCGUGUAGGCUUUUUCUGCAGUGAGCAGCAGCUGACUGAAUUUUAAUAAGAAACUUGGAUUGCAGUAUUAUUCUGUAGUCUUUGGA